AUGGGAAGAAAAAUUCAUGAAUUUAAUAUAUUGCCAAUAGAUCUAUCAUAUGCUGUUUUAGAUGAUGAAACAAAGGAAAUAACAGCAGAAAAGAGUAUUAUUAUAUCAGUAGAUGAUCUAAAGUCAAUACAUAAUCUUAACAAAAAACAAAAAGUUGCAUUCCAUACAAUAAUUGGAAAAGUAAAAGCCAAUACAUAUGUUAAUUUGGAUGAUGAAACAAAGGAAAUAACAACAGGAAAGAGUAUUAUUGUAUCAGAAGAUGAUCUAAAGUCAAUACAUAAUCUUAACAAAAAACAAAAAGUUGCAUUUGAUACAAUAAUUGGAAAAGUAAAAGCCAAUAAAAGUGGAGAGUUUUUCAUUGAUGGUCCAGGUGGUACAAGGAAAACUUUCAUAUAUAGAGCAUUGCUAGCAAUGAUUAGAUCAGAAGGACAUAUUGCAUUAGCUACCGCAACAUCAGACAUUGCUGCAUCAUUACUUCCGGGGGGGGGGGGUAGAACAACUUAUUCAAGAUUUAAAAUUCCAUUAGAUUUAACCGAUGGGUCAAAUUGUAGGAUAAGUAAGCAAUGUUCUUUAGGUAUAUUAAUUAAGACCUGUAAACUGAUUAUUUGGGAUGAAGCUCCCAUGGCUAACCGAUCGGAAGUAGAAGCUCUUAACGACUUGCUACAAGAUCUUAUGGAUUCAAGAGAAAUUUUUGGUGGGAAAGUAGUUGUACUUGUGGUGAUUUUAUACAAACAUUGCCAGUUGUUCAAAAUGGUAACAAUCAAAUACAAUCGCUGCCUGUUUGACUAA